GCUUACACCCUAUUGGCUACGUAGGAUGUCUGUUAGCGUUCCUUUACACAGAUGAGCUUCGGUGAAGCCGAUCUUAAACAACGGUGCUGCUCGAUGAGCGAUAUUGGAAACUGAUCAAACCUGGCAUGGCACCCACAACGGAGUCGAGGCUGUAUGUGGAGGCUCUGAGUAAGAGAGAUGUGCUGCUGCUCUUCAGUGUUCUAGAGGGAGAGCUGGAGGCCAGAGACUUUGUCAUACAGGCACUCAAGGCCCAGCGUAGAGAUUCCUACAUGUUGGAUCGAUAUGGCAAAUACAACCUGAGUGACCCAUUCCUGGCUCUGCAGAGAGACAGUGAGGUCCUCCAGAGCUCUGGCCAGUCCAGGGGCGAUGGAGGAAGUUCCUCCCAGAGACGAGAGGGGGUCUGUGGGGCCACGGCUCGCUCGGAUCCUUUGACGGUGCUGAAACUGGUGGUCGGACACUGCAGAAGGAUGCAGGAGAAGAUGCUGAAACAGCUAGCAGCUGCUGAGAACAGACAUUGGAGGGUCAUUGCUGAUCUGGAGGAGGAGAAGAGGAAGCAUGCUGAGGAUACUGCAGAAGGAGAUGAUGUCACUUACAUUCUGGAGAAGGAGAGAGAGCGCCUCCUGCAUCAGUUGGAGUUUGAGAAGGCAAAGGCGUCCCGAAUAGAGAGGGAGAACAAACGACUGAAUGAUCAGUUAGAAGAGCAGCGAACCCAGCAUAAACAGCUCAUGACGGCGCUGAGACGGGAAUGCAAACGCUCCAGCACGCGCGCACACGAGGAGUCCCAGCAUGCCAGUGAACUCAGCCAUCGCCUCGAUCGUGAACGAGCUUCAAAUCAGGCUCUGAGAGCGGAAAUCGAGGAGGAAAAGAAGCGGGCUAUGCAAAUGGAGGCGAGGCGAGAGGAGCUGCUGGCCGAGUUUGACACUGAACGGGAGCAGCUUGGGCUGAGAUUACGAAAGGAGGAAGCACGUUGUAGAGCACUACAGGAAGAACUGGAGAAACUGAGGAGAGAGAUGAACAAAGCAGAGGAGAACUCAAACAAGACCCAAAUAAACGGACACCACAUUCCUGCGGAGGAAGAUGAAAAUGUUGAGAAGCAAGGCAUGUUAACCAAUGGGAGCUCUCAGACCAAUCCACAAGCUCAUAGCCCUACAAGCCGCAAUAAUUCACUUGACAUACCCAGUAUACAAGCGGCGUACCAGGCUGGCAUCAACCAGCGUUUCCAUGCAGCCCGUCACAAGUUCCAAGGCACCUUUGAUCAAGAUUCUCAGACUGUCUCUUCCCCUCCAAAUUCUCCAUGUGACCUCUCACCCUGUGCAGCCCAUGUGGUUCCACUAGACAGCAUUUCUAAACAAGCACCCCGCAGCACUGUCACACAAGCCCUGAAUCGUCUCAGCUCUCCGCAGAGUCCCAGCAAACCAUCUUCUCCCAACAGUUCCCCUUUUGGCACAGAUUACCACACAUUGGCCCACUCUGGGAUGCUGUCUCCUACUCUCAGGUCUCCAACUAUUCCCAGAGUCGACAGAGGGAACCCACCUCCCAUCCCACCCAAGAAACCAGGCCUCGCCGACACGCCGCCUUCACCAGCCACACUCCGAGCUGCUCGCUUGGCUCAAACGGUGGCCAGUUGCGGACGCAGCAGCAACUCCGAGAACGGCAAAGAACCAGACCUGGUGCUGUCUUCUAGCGGCUAGCAAGCACAAAUAAUGAACUUGAUCGUUCGUGUCAAACACUGUUGAAUUUUUUGUGAGGGACAUUUCAGGUUUUUAAAAUAAUUUUAGAAGUUUUGAAACAUAUUUUCUAAGUAAUUUUGCAAUGUUACCAUAUUUUAGUCAGAUGCAUAUUGAUUUUGUGCAUGAAUACAUUAUGUAUUCUGUAUUUUGCCAUGAGAAAACUCAUUUUUCAUGUUUAUCACUGACAAUCACCAGCUUCUAUAAAUAGUUUUAUAUACUGUUAUUCAGACAAAUAUUUAUAUAAAAACUGCCAUUCAAAAGUUUGGGGUCUGUACAGUUAAAAAAAAUACAAUAAAUAAUAUUCUCAAAUAGAUUUCAGUUAUUUUAAAUUGUAAAAAUAUUUUAUAAUAUUGCUGUUUC